AUGUGCGUUCUUCCACCCUUCGAGGGGCCGAAGUUCGGAAAGCAGAUUCAGCGAAGGCAGCUUGACCUUCCCGAGUAUGCUGCCAGCUUUGUCAACUACAAGGCCUUGAAAAAGCUCAUCAAGCAACUGAGUGCAACUCCGACGAUACCAGCCCAGAGCGCUUUCGAGCAUGAACACCCAUCGGAUCCUCAAGCUGCGCUGCGUGCGAACAAAGAGGUUUUCUUCUUCCGACUGGAACGUGAGAUUGAGAAAGUCAAUGCAUUCUAUCUCCAAAAAGAAUCAGAGUUCUCGCUACGGUUAAAGACGUUACUCGACAAGAAGAGGGUGAUCCAGUCGCGAACACAUGCCAACUCGAAGGUCCCGGCAAAUUUUGUCGCUUUACUCGAAGGAUUUCAACAGUUUGAUGGCGAUCUGAAUAAACUUCAACAAUUCGUAGAGAUCAACGAGACCGCCGUCUCGAAAAUUCUGAAAAAGUGGGAUAAAACAUCUAAGUCUCGCAUGAAAGAACUGUAUCUCCACCGUGCUGUCGAGGUCCAACCCUGCUUUAAUAGAGAAGUGCUGCGCGAUUUAUCCGAUCGGGCGACGACCGCUCGACUGGAGUUGGAGGCAUGGGCCGAAGGAGAGAACAUCCAGUUCGACGCAGCCCGCCCCUCUGAGCGAACCGUGCCUGCGCAACACAUCGCCAGCGAGGGUGAUGAGUUUGACCUGCAGGUCCUACAGACAGCGACUACGGGGAAUCUCCAGACUCUGCGAGAAUGGCUGACAAAAGUACAAGCCUCCCCGGACGCUCGAGACCGGGUCACGCGUACCUUCUUGGCCGCAAUCAGCGACUUCUCUGACGACGUCCUGGGACUGCUUUUGGAGAGCGGCCUGGUCGACGUUCACGCCGAGGAUGAUAUCAAUGAACGGAACUGCCUGCACGAGGCUGCCAUCUCAGGGCGGCCUUUUGUCCUCCAAGCUGGCUUGUCUGGCGGCGUUGACAUUUCCAGGACCGAUGUCUACGGCAGGAUACCUCUCCACUAUGCCUGUAUGCACGGCAGGGUCGAAAUGGUCCGCGAACUGCUUGCUGCUGGUCCUCACACUGUGGACUUCAUGGACCAUGAUAAUUUCACGCCCCUUAUCCACAGUAUCGUCCGUGAUCAGCUCGCCUGUGCAGAGCAACUGCUCCACCACAAUGCGAGGAUCAAUCCCUCCUCGGAAUCCGAUCACAUCCCGCUAAAUCUAGCCUGUCAACAUGGUUCAUUACCUAUUGUCAAAAUGCUGCUCGAGAGAAAAGCGCUUUUGCUCCCUGAUGCCGAGGGCCUGUAUCCUCAACACAUGGUGGCGAGAGCAUCUCAAUCUCCCGAGCUGCUGCUGAUCCUGAAGCAGCACGGGGCUGACCUUGACCAGCGGGAUAAGCUCUACCAGUGGACGCCUCUUUUCCACGCCGCGAGUGAAGGAUGCGUGGACUGCAUGCGGACUCUAUUGGAGCUGGGCGCUGAUCCCGAUGUUAUCGACGAGAAAGGUCUUUCGGCAAUGUACUAUGCUGCCUGGGAGGGACACCUGGAAUGCAUGAUAUUGCUGUGGUCCCAACAUAAGGACCACAGGAUCUCGCAACGGCCUGCAGAUGUUUUGAAUGGAAUGGGGUCGGUACCUGAGCCAGCGGAGGACAUAACGAUGUCAACAGAUCCACAGACGGCCGACGGUAUACCUGAUCUUUCUCUUCCGCCGCCAAUUAUACCACUCAGACGUUAUGGUCAUAACUUCCUCGACACAAAAGUCAUUGUGCACAUCCACUUUGAACAACCUGGUUUCGGAUCCAUCAUAUUUGAUCAGGCUGGACGCUAUCCGGCCGCUCGGCUGACAAUAUCGUCGAAGAUGUCAGACCUGAUCCCUCGAACCAUUAUGCUUCCCAUCCAGGAGGAUGCCAGGACGGUAUCCUUCCAGAUAGAUAGCCUUGAUACGUUUGCGGUCGAUUUCGAAAUCUUCCCCACCUUCGGCUCAAAAGUCAUAGCCAAGAGUGUGGCCUUGCCUGAUGUGUUCAGUGCCGAAAGAUCGAGCGCUGGCUCCUGUUGCCUACCCCUAUUCGACCCUCGACUGCGAUCGAUCGGCCAGAUCCGCUUCAAUUUCCAGGUCAUCAAACCGUAUUACGGUGACCCUCUUGAGAUCACCCAUUUUGCCACAUAUUGGAAGGCCACUAGUGCCCUUGACUCUGAACAUAAUGGGCUGGUUACUGGUUCCAGUUUGUCGGGCGACUAUGUUCAGCUCUUCGUCCAAUUGACAAAGGACAGAGUGCCUGUCCUCUACCCACGAUUCGCGAUUGACCAUCAUGGCAUCGACAUACCUGUCUGCCACUUGUCCUACGACCAAUUUAGGAAAAUCGGGCUUGACAAAGGCGUCAACGGAUCCGAUAUUCUAGAAUCGUUGAAGGGCAAGACGGUGCAUGACAUUGCUGAGGUACACCAAGCUCUUGCCGGAUGUUUCGUGCCCUUGAGCGACAUCCUCCGCCAUCUUCCAAUGGGAAUCCACGUCGAUCUAUCCAUCUUGUACCCUGGUGUUGCCGAGGAAAGAAGUCUCGACCUGACGUCGUUGGCCGAUAUCAACACAUUUGCGGACGCCAUUCUCACGGUGGUGUUCGACCACGCCCGAGAAUCCAGAGAGAAGAACCCGGAUUUCAUGCGUUCUAUCGUCUUCACAUCGUACAACCCGAACAUCUGCAGCGCUCUGAACUGGAAACAACCCAACUAUCCUGUACUGCUCUGUAACGACCUGGGCAAGAUUCGAGACUUGUCUGGGGAUGCUAGUGGUCAACCCGUUAUCCGGAGCAGCGGCCGAACCUCGAUGUCCAUUAAGGAGUCCGCCCGGAUAGCGCAGAGCAAUAACUUCAUGGGACUGAUCUGCCGCUCGAGUCUUUUGAAUGUUAUGCCAGCACUGGUAGACACCAUUAAGGAGUUAGGUCUGGUACUCGUUGCAGAUACCUCUGACGAGACUGAGCAACUCACUCGGACCGGUGCUCUGGCGGCGGCUGGCACAAUGGGCGUAGCUGCUGAGUGGGCGUAUCGGAUGCCUAAUGGAGUCAACGGCGUGAUGAAAGGCGAUGGCGUUCUGAGAUUCAACGAUACGAUCGACAUGUGA